AACGGGCGCGUGCGUGCGUUUGUGCGCGUUCGCGUCAGUGCAGUUUAGUUCCUUUCCGUUCGUCUCCAGUCGCUUUCAGCGGAAAAAGAGGCGUUGAGCGCUCGGAUCGCUCGGGUGUGUGCGGGGCGUGCGUGCGGAGUGGCAUCGCUGCGUUUUAUUCAGCGUUUCUCUCACAUUCGAGAUGGUGAUGGAGAAGCCAAGCCCCCUGCUCGUAGGACGCGAGUUUGUGCGGCAGUAUUACACACUCCUCAAUAAAGCCCCUGAUUACCUGCACAGGUUUUACGGCAGGAACUCGUCAUAUGUUCAUGGAGGUGUGGACAGCAGCGGGAAACCAGAGGAGGCCGUGUACGGUCAGGCUGAGAUUCAUAAGAAGGUGAUGUCACUGCAGUUCAGUGAGUGUCACACUAAGAUUCGACAUGUUGAUGCUCACGCGACCCUUGGAGACGGGGUCGUCGUCCAGGUGAUGGGAGAGCUGUCCAACAGCGGCCAACCGAUGAGGAGAUUCAUGCAGACGUUUGUGCUCGCUCCUGAGGGUUCGGCUGUUAAUAAGUUCUAUGUACACAAUGACAUCUUCCGCUAUGAGGAGGAAGUGUUCGGAGACUCUGAGGCUGAACUGGGAGACUCUGAGGAAGAGGAGGUGGACGAAGAGCAGGUCGAGACUCAAGCGUCACCUGAGCCCAAUCAGGACCGGCCCACCAGCAGCACCUACUAUGAGCCCCCUCCUCUCAGUAAUGGAGUCGAGGAGCAGCAAGAGGAGGCGGGACCAGAGGCGGAGCCAGAACCCCAGCCUGAGCCACAGGCCAAUGAGGAGGCAGAGGCGGAGCUUAACCCUGAAGCAGAACUGCAGGUGUCAGAGGCGGAGCCUGAGGAGGACGAGAAACUGCCUGAAGAGGAGAAAAACCCCACCCCAGGCCCCGCCCAGACCCCGCCCCCUCAGACCACUGAACAGACCAAGCAGGCAUUCUCGUGGGCUUCAGUGACCAGUAAACAUCUUCCGCCCGCCGGAGCGCUGCCUGCUUCUGGAAUCUCGCCACACGUGGUGAAAGCCGCCAGCGUUCAGCCUCGUGUGGAGGCAAAACAAGAAGUUCAGUCAUUGUUACCCAGAGAUCAACGGCGAGAGAGAGCCUUCCCUCCACGAGCAGCCAGAACUGACGGCAGUGUCUCUGAGGCUCAGGGCGGGAAACAGUACGUCAGUUUUAAAGGUCGUGGGGAGUCUGAUGCUGGUGACGUGGACACUCGCAGGUCUGUUCGGUAUCCUGACGCUCAUCAGCUGUUUGUUGGGAAUCUUCCUCAUGACAUUGAUGAAGGGGAACUGAAGGAUUUCUUCAUGACGUUUGGGAACGUUGUGGAGAUGAGAAUCAAUACAAAGGGAGUCGGUGGGAAACUGCCAAACUUUGGUUUUGUGGUGUUUGAUGACUCUGAGCCUGUGCAAAGGAUUCUGGGAGCUAAGCCAAUUAUGUUCCGUGGUGAAGUGCGACUCAAUGUGGAGGAGAAGAAGACGCGAGCGGCUCGAGAGCGAGAAACCAGAGGAGCGGCUGACGGUCGCCGCGGACCUCGAGGUCCUAUGGGGAACGGAAUGGGGCGUGACAGAGAUGGGCGUGGCCCGCCGUCAUCAAGGGGAGGGAUGGGGGCGGGGAGAGGUGGCGGUCAGAGUGGAGAGAACCGGUUUGCGGGACCGCGCCGCUGAGACGCCCCCUGGUGGAUGGGAUGAUCGCAGAAGGAAUCUCUUUGCUUCUUUUUUUUUUUUUUUUUUUUUUUUGCUCCUAUUUUUUUCUGUCUCUCUUGCUUUUGGACUGUGAUUUUCUGUAAAAGACUCAACAGAACUCUCACCCGCACCGAUAAGAAGCUGUCAUCUGCGCUUUUUUUGUUUCAUUUUGUAAAAAAAGAAAUUGUGAAGAUGAACGGGACAGGUGUGACCUUUUUUGAUGUGGAACAAAAGUUGAAUGUCACGGUGGGGUUUCCUCAUAGAACUGAUUUCUCGCAAAUUUUAUAAUGGACAAACAUCAACGCUUCAUAAAUCAGUGCUCGUGUACACGUAUUUAUUUUCCUAGUUAAUAAAAACAGUGGUGGUGCCUUAACUCUCUCACUCAAUCUCUUUCUCUCUCUCUCUCACCCAAUCUCUUUCUCUCUCUCUCUCUCUCACCCAAUCUCUUUCUCUCUCUCUCUCACCCAAUCUCUUUCUCUCUCUCUCUCUCUCUCUCUCACCCAAUCUCUUUCUCUCUCUCUCUCUCUCUCUCACCCAAUCUCUUUCUCUCUCUCUCUCUCUCUCUCACCCAAUCUCUUUCUCUCUCUCUCUCUCUCACCCAAUCUCUUUCUCUCUCUCUCUCUCUCUCACCCAAUCUCUUUCUCUCUCUUUCUCUCUCUUUCUCUCUCUUUCUCUCUCUCUCUGUCUCUCUCUCUCUCUCUCUCUCUCUCUCUCUCUCUCUCUCGUGAUGUAAGAUCUGAGGGUUUAUUCAUAGACGGCUGUGGUCGUCGCAUGUGCUGUGCGUGUGUGUGUUGGCAGUAUUACAGGUUCUGAACCCGGAACAGUCCAGUUUUGUGCUGAAUGCGUGUGGCUGCUUUUAUUGUAUGUUUGUUUUUAGUUUUGAGACUGAAGCUGGAUUGAAGUUCUUCACUGAAUGAGAUUUAUUGUUUUCUUCUGUUUACCGAAAACCACUUUGCAUGUCCGUUUGCCGAGCGAGACGCGCUUUUCAUACAGAGUUCUGAAGCACUUUCUCACUGCACUAUACACAUGCGUUUGGUUCUGGUCCUGGGUUUGGAUUUUACUUCCAUCGGCUUCAGCAGGUUUUUGUUUGAAUGUGUUUUCAACUUUCAAUAAACUACUGAAAUCUGCAACAAACUGCUGCAUUCAAUUUCCUGGUGAUUAUUUAAUUUGAUUUUGUUCAGUUGUUUGUAUGAUUAGUAAUGUUAACACACUUUUGAAAAUGAGAGUAUUUUAACGUUUACAAAAAGAAUUUAAAUAAAUUUUAUUGAGCUUAACUUGUAUUAAACCCAGAACAUUCCUUUAAACAUUUUAACAUCAGAUCGUGUCAGAUCAUUUAUUUACAAAAUUUCAUCAGAUACCGAAAAUGAAUUCUUAUAGAAAUGAAAGUCUGUUUGAUUUCUGUCUCAAAUGAAUGUUUAUGAUCUUUAAGUUAUUGUGCAUCACCCUGCUGUACUUCAUCGACCUGUAAUGAAGCGAAACUGAUUUUCAUGUAAGAUUUGAACUAAUUACACAAUCUAUGCUCCUGUUUUUAAAAGAAGCUUUCGGUGUCAGAGGACAGGAUAUACAGGUGCAUCUCAAUAAAUUAGAAUGUCGUGGAAAAGUUCAUUUAUUUCAGUAAUUCAACUCAAAUUGUGAAACUCGUGUAUUAAAUAAAUUCAAUGCACACAGA